GGGUUACUCUCUCACCUCCCCUUCCUCUUUUUGGUCUGUGCUUAAAUGCUGGUGUUUCCUAACUUUUUCUCUUAUUUUGAAAGCUCAGAGAACCAGAGAAGACAGAAGAAGCAUGGUGGUUCCUACAGGCACGGCUGUCCACAAGCAGCCCACCCAGGUGGUGACAGUCAUCAGGACCGUUGAAAACUCUGGCCAAUGGAGCACCGACCUCUGUGAUUGCUGCUCUGAUAUGGAGAGCUGCUGCUGUGGCCUUUGCUGUUUCCCCUGCAUGCAGUGUGAUGCAGCCAAUAAACAUGGAUGGUGCUGUGCAAUGCCACUCCUGGACGUUUGUGGUGUGGUGUCCUGCUUACUCCGUGGGUCCAUCAGAGAGCGCCACAACAUCCAUGGCUCGUUCAUUGAUGACUGCUGUAAAGUGUGCUUGUGUUACCCGUGUGCUUGGUGCCAGAUGCAUCGUGAGCUGAAGAUCAGGGAAAACAAGUAGCCGCCAAAGACGGUAUCAUAAUAUAUGCAGAUGAAGUAAUUGUUUGUAAUAGUGGAACCUGUCGGGUUGAAACUGUGUUUUUCUGUUGUGCUUAAUUAAUUAUAACAUUGCAUAAUAUAAUGCUACUGUAUUACAGCAUUACUACUUCAUUUGGAUUUAUUUGACCUAAAACAUUUGAAAGAAAAUCUACUGCUUCUGUAACAGCCCUUUAUCACCUUAUAUUAUUUUUCCCUUAGAAAAUUUGUUAUAAAAAUAAAAGUGUGUCAUGCAAAAUAAAUAAAAAUAUCUAGCAAUGAAACCAAGAGUACCUG